GCCGACAAAGAGCCUAAAACUGCAGAAACACGUGAAUUAGAGAACAACAACAAGGCGAAGAAUAUGAAAAAGAAUAAAAGAGAGAAGCAAAAGUUAAAGGAAACUUCAAGUUUCAAUCUCGAGGGGGAAGAUGAUGAACAACAAGAUGAAGGGUAUCUGAAAUCUGAUGAUGGGUUUGCUGAAACUGACAGGGAAGCUGCAAAAGGUGAAGAAGAAAAACAAGAGGCUAAUGAUGAUAAAGAUUAUGGCUUUGAAGAUGAAAACAGUGUGCCCAACACAAAGCAGAAGAAGAAUAAAAAGAAGGAGAAGUUGUUGAAGGAAGCAGCUGAGGCUGAUAACCGUGGGGUUUGUUACUUGAGCAGGGUUCCACCUCAUAUGGAUCAUGUCAAACUACGUCAGUUGCUUUCUCAGUAUGGGGAAAUACUUAGGAUUUAUCUUACCCCUUCUGGUCAUCCACCCCAAGUAAAGGGUAAGCGUCCUAGACCCUCCAAGGUUCAAGAACAAGAAUUUUCUGAAGGGUGGGUUGAAUUUGCUAGGAAAGGGAUUGCAAAGAGAGUUGCUAAUAUGUUAAAUGGUGAACAAAUUGGUGGGAGGAAGAGAUCGUCGUUUUAUUACGAUCUUUGGAAUAUCAAAUACUUAAGCAAAUUCAAAUGGGAUGAUCUUACCGAAGAAAUUGCGUACAAGAGUGCAAUUCGGGAGCAGAAGCUAGCUUUAGAAAUUUCAGCUGCCAAGAGGGAACGGGAUUUCUAUCUCUCUAAAGUUGACAAAUCUCGUGCGCUAAGUUCAAUUGAAGAGCGAAUGAAGAAGAAGCAAAAGGUGCAACAGGAGUCUGGAACAAAUUCUGAGCCGCCUGGUAGCCAGAAAAAGGUGAUUCGUCAAUUCCUGCAGAAACAACCAGUUGCAGCUGAUACAUCUCGAAGCAAACCACGACUCUCUAAAGAUAUUCUUGCUGGGAUUUUUGCUGGUUCUUAGUAAUCAAGGUUUCAAUCCACUACGUCAGCACUUAAUGUCAGAAGAGUCAUAUUCUGAAUGCAAGGAUACGAUUGCAAUUGUGCAGGCACUCUCAUGUUUGUCAUUAUUAUUUUGUUUAAUUAAUUUAAAAUUACUUUUUGCUCUUCUCUAUUUGUUAUCAAACAAAUGCUUGCUUAGCUUAGCUCCAUGGAACUUUUGUAGUCUUCAUGCAGAGGUUGGACUGGAAGAAGUUUUAACCUGGAUUGCACCAACGUAAACGACACUUUCCUUGUAUUUUGGUAUGAUUUAUCUCAAUAAGAAACAUUUUUGGUUGAGGACUCAUCAUGAUGCACAUCUGUUCUGUUUCAAGCAUCACUGAAGAAUUUUCAAGUAAUGCUCAAUAACAGA